AUGGUCUCUGUCAUGCUGGAUAACGCAAGUGCUGCAAAAAUAAAAACUAUCCCUCUGUCAAAUGACACUGUUGCUAGACGUAUAAAUGACAUUGCUGACGAUCUUAAAGAACAGCUGGUAGAAAAACUCAAAGAUAAACGUUUUGCCUUACAAUUUGAUGAAGCAAUUGACAGCAACAAAGACUGUUUGUUUAUUGCUUAUGUACGUUUUGAAAUGACAAAUUCCCUGUGUGAGGAUCUACUUUUUUGUAAAUAUGUCAGAGACAGAGCCACAGCCGAAGAGCUAUUCAAAAUGCUAGACUGCUUCCUGACUGAGAAUGGGCUAAAGUGGGAGAACUGCAUUGGUGUUUGCAGUGAUGGUGCACAGACCAUGGCAGGGAUGAGAAAAGAACUUCAGACUCUCAUAAAGAAGGCUUCACCUAAUGCUGAGUGGACACACUGUAUUUUACAUAGAGAGGCACUGGCAUCAAGGCACCUUUCCUCUGAAUUAAGUGAGGUUAUGACUGACAUUGUAGGAGUAGUCAAUUUAAUAAAGACCAGACCACUAAAAACAAGAGUUUUCUCUGCUAUCUGUGAGGAGAUGGGAGCUGAACAUCAAGCUGUGCUGUUUCACAGUGAAGCAAGGUGGCUGUCACGAGGAAAAGUGUUAUCCCGAGUUUUUGAGGUCAGAGAAGACAUAAGAAUGUUUUUGGAGCAGGAGCACAAGUAUGAAGUUGCAAGAAAGUUUAGUGAUGAGAACUUUCUGAUGAAACUUGCUUACCUGAGUGACAUAUUUGGAAAGCUCAAUGAACUAAAUCUACAGCUUCUAGGGAAAAAUCAACAUCUCCCUCAGGUCACAGACAAGAUCAACUCUUUCACUCGAAAGCUUGCAAUGUGGGGCAGGCGACUUGAUGAAGGAAAUACGGUGUCAUUUGAGAACUUGCAGGAAUUUGUUGACACUACUGACUAUGAUGUCACCUCAGUGGUUCCAUAUUUUAAGCAGCAUAUUUCAUCACUGAUGGGAUUCUUUACAAAGUACUUCCCUAAAAACAGUUCCCAGUAUGACUGGGUGAGAGAUCCUUUUAAUGCACCAGCUCCAACUGGUUUUAGCCUUGCAGAGAAGGAGCAGUUCAUAGAAAUCACAUCUGACUCCAUAUUGAGACUAAGUUUCACAUCCCAGACACUGAGUGAAUUCUGGCUGAAUGUGGAGAAGCAAUAUCCACUCUUAGGACAAAGAGCUGUGCACAUUCUUCUUCCAUUUGCAACUUCUUACUUGUGUGAGACUGGCUUCUCUGCUGUUGCUGCUCUGAAAAGCAAAUACAGGUCCCGGCUACACUUUGAGAAGGAGCUGAGAGUUGCUGUGUCCUGCUUCAAACCCCGCUUCGAAAAGCUGUGCAUUGCAAAAUGUGCUCAUUGUAGCCAUUAA